AUGACUGUUAAAAAAAGUGUUUCUGGAUACUCGAAAAAUGGAAAGGCUUUUCGAAUGAAUGGGUCUUUAGGUCCUCAGUGGGCGUUGCCUACUUCUGUUUUUGCGCAGGCGGGGAAGAUGGGGACCGCGGAUUUGGAUCCUUAUGAGGCGAAUGAAGAUUUCCUUCUAAUCCGACCCUUCCUCUCAACCGAAAGCGAAGACCUAAUCCCCUUCAUCACCAAAUUAACCCGCUGCAUCCCCGAAAUCAUCCCGCUCCUCCUCUCCGAAACCACAACUGCUUUUCGGCAAAACUUCGCUCCGGGACAUCAUUCUACGGAAAAGGAUCACGAGGGUUGGACUCAUACUUGUUUGUAUGCUCAUGUUAAUGUUUCGCUUGCGCGUAUCGUGAGUCGGUUUUUGUGUGGAGAGAAAUAUUCGGCUGAUGAGGCGUGGGUGGAUAAUGUGGCGACGUUUGCGAGGGGGAUUUUUUUUUCCGGCAUGUUGCUUAGGAGGUUGCCGAGGUGGUGUCAUCAGUUUGUGGCGCCGUGGAUGGGGACUUCGAGACAGGUUGCUGUGAUUGAGAGGGGGGUGACGGGGGAUGUACUGGCCUUGGUUAGGGGGGAUGUUAAGGGUGAGAGUUAUGAGACUGGGGUUUUACUGCCUAUGUUGGUGGAGGAUGUGAGGGGGAAGAAAAAAUUCGUGGGGAAGGCAGAUGGGGAGUUGGUGUGGGGUGUUCAUAAUAGGAUUUGUAGGUUUUUUUUUGCGACGGUUGAUACAACGACGCUUACGUUUACGCAUGUGCUUUAUGAUGUUAUUGGACAUCGUAAGAAGUUGUAUGUGGAACCUAUGAGGAAGGAAAUUAGAGAUGUAUGGAAGAAAUUUGGAGGGGUGUGGAAUAGAGAGAGUCUGGGGGAAUUGAAGAGUUUGGAUGCAUUUAUGAGGGAAAGUCAGAGAUUACAUCCGUUGGGUUAUACAUUGGGAAGUAGAAAGGUAGCGAGGAGAGAGGGAUUGGAUUUUGUUAGUAAAAGCGAGGAUGGGGAAAAAAUCAUUCAUAUUCCUUUUGGGGAGAGGAUCGAGGGUUUAGCUUGGGCUAUUCAUCAGGAUGAUGUUCAUUAUGAUGAUCCGGAGGUGUUUAAUGGCUUUAGGACUAGGGAUGAGAGUAUUGCGUGCUCGAAUCCUAGCGAGACUUUUAUGAGUUUUGGAUAUGGUCGUCACGCAUGUCCAGGUCGAUAUGUAGCUCUCACGAUGGAAAAAAUCAUGUUGAUUGAAUUUCUCAUGAACUAUGACUGGAAAGAGAUAGAUAGGUUGAAGGAUUGGUCGUUUGGAUGGAAUAAUAUCCCGGAUAUGGCUAGUAAAGUUCAUAUUAGAAGGUUGAGCGAAGAAGAGGUGAAGAAGUUGUGGGAAUAG